GUGGACCUUCCAUGGCUCCCCACGUGCCAGCGCCCCCUGCCUGGCUGGCCUGGCUAGCCCUGCCCUGCCGCCUGCCCUGCCCAGGCUGUGGGCGAGGCUGUUCUUGGGGCGAGUGGGUGGGAGGUCCCAGCUACUGGGGCUGGACCAGCCCAGCACGCUCCCUCCCCCGACACCUUGGCCCCUGACCCCCAUUUGCUCACACCUAGUUUUUUUCCAGCACCUCCUGGCCUUGCCCACUCUGUCUCCUCGUCUCCCUUCCCCUUCCCUUCGCCGGUGCCCUUUUUCACUUCCAUCCAUUUUAAAGGAACUGACCGUGUUCCACCGUACACACCCGGGUUUCCCUCACGCUUAGGGAGAGAUCCUUCGCAGAAGUCUGACUCCCUGCUGUCCACUACCGGUGUGUGUGGUGUUGAGUGGGGAGGAAUGGAAGGAGGUGGUUGAGGGAGAUAAGGAGCUGGCAAGCUCACAUGUGUCAGAGAGGAACCGUGUGUGAGAGCACAUGCGCUAGGCCCCACUCCAACAUAAGCCACCAACCAAAGUGUGACUGUGUGUGAAGAAAUGAUCAGUGUCGCUCACCAAGAGCCCUGUGUGGAGGAGGGAGGUGGAAGGAAGCCAAUGUUCGCUCACCUCUCCAUGUGUCCAUACCUGGUUAAGUGUGAGGGCCACUCUGUGAAUGCGGUCCCUGCCAGGUGUAAGAUUUAGGAGUCCAGUGGGGAUGCCUGUUUUGGUGGUGUGGUCAGCAAGAUUUGCAUGGCUGUAUGUGGAUGUGUGCUAGCCCCUGGUAGAGGGUGUAUGUCUCGGGGUCUGAGGCUAGUGUGUAUAAGCGUGAGAGCGCAGAUGGAAACGGUAGAGUGGAGCCCUGAGAAAGGACAGUGAUGGAGGGCACCUGGAGCACUUAGGUUGUUGGGCAAUCGCCUGAUCCCUAUGGGACAGAGUCCUGGGCUUUCCUGGGUCUAGGCUAGUAGGUUUUGAAUCCCUCCCUGUAAGCCUUCUUCUGACAUUCCUUCCAACUUUGAGGAGGAGGGGCCUAGCCCACGAGGAACCCUCCCAGAGGAGGGAAGAUUCCUGAGAUCUCCCCCACUCUCCCACCUCCUCACAUACCACUGGUGUCCUUGCCCCUCCCUGGAAGGGAAGGGUGAUGCCCAUUCUGAAGUAGUACAAACUGAGAAUUUGUGCUGGCUUGGGAGAGAAUCCUGGGUGUGUAUUUUUAGCAAUCUUCUGAUCAGAGCUUAUCUGGCUGGUCUAAGGUGGCGAGUUUGGAGCCUUGGUUUUCUCAAUUCCGGUGGGUCCUGCUCCUCUAGGCAUUGACCUGUGGCCUGGACCCACCCUCCACCACAUGCCCAUUGUAGCGGGGGCGGGCAGAGGGCGGGGCUGCUGCAAGAUCUAGUCAGACAGGUGGAGCCGCCAGGGCAGGAGUCUCAAAGAGCCAGGCUCCAGGAGUGGAAAAGAGAGAGGGGAGCUUGCGGGUGAGAAGAGGAGGAGAGAGACUGAAGGUGAGCACUGGGAAGCAGCCGCGGCCGGAGAGUCCUUAGCCAGGAUGGAGGCUGUUGUGAACUGGUAUCAGGACUUGAUGAAGCUUACAGAUCCCCGGAUCCAGAAAUACCCUCUGAUGGGGUCCCCUUUGCUAAUAACAUCCAUCCUUCUGACCUAUGUAUACUUCAUCCUCUCACUUGGGCCUCGAAUCAUGGCUAAUCGGAAGCCCUUCCAACUUCGUGGCUUCAUGAUUGUCUACAACUUCUCACUGGUGAUAUUCUCCCUCUACAUUGUCUAUGAGUUCCUAAUGUCUGGUUGGCUGACUACAUACACCUGGCGCUGUGACCCUGUAGACUUUUCCAAUAGCCCUGAGGCACUUCGGAUGGUUCGAGUGGCCUGGCUCUUCAUGUUUUCCAAGGUCAUUGAGCUGAUGGACACAGUGAUAUUUAUUCUCCGGAAGAAAGACGGGCAGGUGACCUUCCUCCAUGUCUUCCAUCAUUCCGUGCUUCCCUGGAGCUGGUGGUGGGGGAUAAACAUUGCUCCAGGAGGAAUGGCCUCUUUCCAUGCCAUGAUAAACUCCUCCGUACAUGUUGUCAUGUACCUAUACUAUGGAUUGUCUGCCCUUGGUCCUGUGGCUCAACCCUACCUUUGGUGGAAAAAACAUAUGACAGCCAUUCAGCUGAUCCAGUUUGUCCUGGUCUCACUGCACAUCAGCCAAUACUACUUCAUACCCAACUGCAACUACCAGUACCCUCUCAUCAUCCACCUCAUCUGGAUAUACGGUACCUUCUUCUUCGUGCUCUUCUCCAAUUUCUGGUACCACUCUUACACUAAGGGAAAGCGGCUGCCCCGCACAGUCCAACAAAACGGAACUCCAGCUAUCACCAAGGUCAAGGCCAACUGAGAAGCGUGGCCUAGCUAUUGCCCACCUAAGUGCCUCAGGACUGCACCUUGGGCAGCAUCCACCAGUGUCCUCUCCACCAACACCUAUGACCAGGGCUCAUGUGGUCAGGACUGAGUAGGAGGACUGGUUCUCCCCUCCCCACAGCUGGUCUACAGGGACUAC